CCGAAGUAAGUAUGGAUUUAGAAUGGUAGUUAUAUUUUUUCUUCUUCUUGUCUCAGAGCCCGUAGAGGAAAAAGAAGAAGAAGAAGAAGAUGGGAGAAGAGAAGCCUAUUAGGUUACUUAAUUUCGUCUCCGAGGAACAGUUAGAGGAAUCGAAGAAAGAAAGAGGGGAAAGAGUUGAAGAUGGAACCUUCCAGAGAGAUAGGGCUUUGUACGAGAUAUUGAAAGAGAACAAAGACAAGAAGGAUGCUGAGUUUAACGAACGUUUCAAGCAUAGACCACCCAAAGCUCUUGAUGAGGAUGAGACUGAGUUUCUUGAUAAACUCGAAAUGUCAAGGAAGCAAUAUGAACGGAAAUUAGCAGAUGAAGAGGAAGAACAGCUUCGUAGUUUCCAGGCAGCAGUUGCAGCGCGAUCAGCAAUCCCUCAAGAGCCACAAGAAGCUGCUCCUCCACCACCACCUCCAACCACUAAAGAACAAAAGACAACGGGGAAGAGAAACGCUUCAACUCGUCCAUUUAACACCAUCAUAAAAGUCAAGUCACAGCCGAAGAAGGUCAAGGCGGCAGAGGAUGAGAAGAAAGAUAUCUCAGGGAAUGGAAAACCGGAGACUUCUUUAGAUUCUGCAAAGGCCAGUGUCACUCCCGUAGCUUUUCAAACAGGUUUAGCUUUAGUCUCAUAUAGUGAUGAAAGUGAAGAUGAUGAUUAAUAUUUUUUUUUUGUUUUAUUCUGUCCGAAUAAUCUAUAAACAUUCAUAAGACACCAUCUUUGAUAUUAAUUUAAGUUCCAUGCUUUCCUUUCUC